ACUGGCUGCCAGGUUGUCAGCACACUGCUGUAUGCGGCUCUACAUUGCUGACAUGGAUACGCUACUGCUAGUAAUUUUGGUGUUUUGGAUAGUUCAUUUAACAGAUUCCCAGUCUCAAAAAGUAAUAUUUUCAACAUCGUCAACACAUACCUACCACUCGCUGUUUGAUCAUGGCGUUAAACAAAGAAGCCACACCUCCCUCAAGUUCAAGGUUAAAGCCUGCGGUGAUGCGCAUGUAGCUCUGCAGACGUUGUACCAGAAUUCAGACACACAGAUGUACGAAAUCGUCCUAGGUGGCUGGAGCAACAGCAAAUCCGUGUUCAGACGGUGUGCCCAGUGUGAUUCACUUGUGGAGUACAGUGGAGCUGUGGUAUCCUGUUCUCAGUACAAACAAUUCUGGACGAGCUGGGGCGAUGGUACAGUUAAGGCAGGACGCGGUGGCACAGUGGGACAAGACGAGAUCCUGUCGUACACAGAUCCGAAUCCACAUGCUAUUAACUACUUUGCUGCUGCUACCGGAUUUGGAUCAUCUGGGGAAUGGAUAUUUGAUCUCUGUGAGUCCAGUCUGCAGUUUAAGUUUCUCCAGAACAACGCAAAGUAUGACGGUGGCACAAUUAGAGAUUCCAAGACAGUUCUGUCAAGAGCAGAUUGUUCAGUAAACUGUUUCUCCUCCAUCUGGUGUCAAGGAUUUAGUCAUGACUCGUCCACAAACACCUGCAACAUGUUUGAUGAUAUUCCACCAACGACAGCUCUUACUUCUGCUACAGGAUGGGAGACUUGGAUUGUUUCACUGUGAUUAUUUCUUUCAAAUGCUGUUUCCAGAUUCGUACUGUGUGGCCACAAACCCCUACACCCCACCUAGUGCAUAAUACAGUAAACGUUGUUCAGAAGUGAACAAAAGACAGCAAACAUCUGGCGUCAUUACAAAUGGAAUCGGUUUCGGCAGAAAAUCGUGAUAUGUUAUUCUCUGGCGUUGACGAUUGACAUCAGUUGUCUAUGACAAUACGUCAAUGUCAUAUAAUAGAGUUACACUUUUUAGCCAAUCCUGAAAGAAGUGCAUUUUCAUGAAUACGUCGUGAUUGAUUCUGUACAAUGGCAGAGCUGAAACACUCUGGGUUACAGGAAGUAUAUACAGCCAUAGCGAAUGAUGUGAUAUGCCAAACUUGGCACUGAUUGCCAAGUGGUCCAACUAAUCCAUGUCAGCACAUCACAUUGCAGGAAUUGAGAUUGAUUUGCUGUGAUUCUGUUAUCAGGGGUGUUUCAUAUGCUCGCUCUGAAUGUGCCUGUUUCCUCUUCCAUCGUACAUAAACACGCGUGGAUGAAACAACGUGAUAUGAAAUUUAGUGUUAUGAAACUAUGAUAUACCUGUGAAGAAAAAACCUUGUGCUAUUAAAGAACUACUUCCUCGUGCGUUUCAUGGACACUACCACCAACAACAAUGUGGAGUGGAGGGCAUUUCCAAAUUAGAAGCAUCAGUGAACAAAGCGAUGUCCAAUAUGAACUACUCUCAGGCCCUCCAACGCACUGCAAAUUGUGGUUCAUAGCCUAUGGUCGCGGGUUCGAAUCCCAAAUUCACCCUGCUUAAGUUUCUAGGUUUGACAGCACAGUGACCGCAUUCGUGGUUUUCACGUCAAAGACAGCUUGAACGUUUCCACACACUUUUGUUCAAAAAUUGUUUUAUUUGGGUUUCAACAUUCAACGUCUAAGGAAAGCUUUAAAAUGUUAAUGCGGACAUGUUAAGGAAAUUUUCAAAUUUGUCUCACCAGUGAACAAAAUAAUUUGAGAGGCAAUUCGUUAUUUUGACUUGUACUACCAGUUCCAGGUGAACAAUUGGCUUGCCUUUGCAUGUGUUUCUUACGGUCGCGCUUUGUGGCCAACUUUUUGUCGUAUGACCUUGUUCCUUGACCUCAUGACACGUGACAUGAAACAACAAUGUAUUGUUUCCAUACUUGGUUAUCAGCUUAUGAUAGAGACAGAUAUCAAUUUUGAGUUUUAGCAAAAAAAAUUUGAUAGAUUCUGUGAACAGGGAGAAACACAUAUACAAAAUUGUCUACGACCUGACGAUGAAUUUCGAUCAUGAAUACCAUGUUUUAACCUUCAGGUGAAAUUCAAAUUUCUUUUGAUUUAACACUAGAAUAGCAAUGGAAUCACGAUGACGCUAACAAAUGUUAUGAGAAGAACAUUUUGCUCAAAACUUCUUAGUUUAAUUAGACCAAACUUGUACCUUUCGCACGUUGAAUAAAUAAUACCAAUACCAAAAAUAUGGUGUAAGUGUGAUUCAGAGACAGAAUGGAAGUUGAAAACACAUCACAUGUACUAUUUAAUCCCUGGGAAUGUAAGAAUCGAUAUGAUUCUACAGUGAUGGCAAUAUAGGAAUUGACAUGUGACAUACCCGAAGAUAAAAUCAAUGACACCUGAUGAUUAAAGUGAAACGGU